AUGUCUUUUUCCAAAGGAGACCAAGAUCCGGAUACAACUAGAGGUCUGAGCGAGGAGGCCAUUCAGCGAUUCAUCAACGAGUCAGAAGUGCAAGUACCAAGACCCCAGAGUCAGAAUCCAGUCCAACAAGUUCCGGACUCUCCAGCGGUCGCCAGGUGGCGUCAAGCGGUUUUAAACAUGACCCUCGAAAGAUCCUGCCCAAUAUGCUAUGAACUCGUUGAAAAUAAGACGGUCGUCAAGCCAUGUGAGCAUGUUUUCUGUUUCGAAUGCAUUAAAACAUGGGUAGAGGUACCAGCUAACGUUCUUAACCAGUGCCCUAUCUGUCGCAGCCCCAUGGAGUCGUUCCAGCACAACUUCACAGCAACGGGUAGUCACGAAACCCGAACUCUUGAGCGCCCGUCUCUUCAAGGCGCGCAGCAGCCAGCACAUUGGACAGUGGAAGCUUAUGCUGCUUUUAUAAACUUCAUGACACUCCUAGACUAUUUCCAGCGAUUUGCAAGGUGUCAUCCAGAUCGAUCUCCGCAACCCGGCGAGACCAGUAGGUUUUCCAGCGCUUUCAGGGCUAUACUGAUGGCGGAACCUUUCUCUGGGUUUACGGGACAGAGGAACCACGAUUCUUACAGAGACCAAGCUGGCGAUCCACUGGUGGCCGUGGUCAGACGUGUUACCGGUAGAUCGUCUGAGAUCGCUUCUGCGUCAGCUACUUUCUACGAUGACGAGAGACCAUUGAUACAUGUUCCGACGCAGAUUAUCUUGGAACUCAUGGAAUUGGCAAGAGACCUUCUGAUGAUAGCUACAGUAGAGCCCGUUACAGCCGCAGCUACUGCAGCUCUAAGAAGACUUCUUGGACAGACUAUGAGAAUGGAAGAUUGUCUGGUAGAGCAUCGCUUCUCUGAUUCCCAUCCGGCAUCAGGUGGGCAGCCUUACUUAUGUCGACCUAUCAAAUGCGUCUAUGUACCAACUAGUCUUGUAGAUAACGGCAUUGCCCGAGGCAUAGACGGCAUGGUUACUCGCGAGUCCAUUGCGAGGUACUUCCCCGGAGAGACUCUACAGUCUGUAAUGCAUGAGUCGCAGUACUGUCAGACAACCCAGCUGUUCUUCGAUGGUAAUUGA